AUAUCUGAACUUCUGAUUUAACCAUGUCUUGCACUCCUAGCUAUUUUUUUAGCCCAUCUUCCAACAGUCAACAAUAGAUUACUAGAUUAGUUUGUCUGUUCUUUAGGGAAUCCGGAAAUUAAUUUAGAAAUUUAAGAUGCUCACCUUGUGCUUGUCUAUUGGAAAUAUCAUGCUGAUUUUUCUAGUCAAGAGGGACUCUUCUGAAUUGCAACAACAGAACAAGCCUAUGUAGAGAGAUAACUUCCCUAUUGUGUGAUAGUCUAUAUAGAGGAAAAUAGCAAACAAGUUUAGUGUUUCAUAAGUUAUUGAUACCUUUUAUCUUCGUGUUCGUAAUAACAACUUUAAUUGAAGACAUGGAACUUCAUUUAUAUUGCAGAAAAAAGGCAAUAUUUGAUGAUCUAGACCUACUAAUAUUUACUGUGUUGUGCGGUAAAUUUUUCUAUGAGUUUGAUGCUUCUACUCUUUGCCCCCCCCCCCUUCUGCAAUUCCUGGCUCCGUCCCUGGACACAAUGUUUGGGUAGGACCUGCGCCCAACCAAACAACAAUUGGCAACCAACCAGUCAGACGAAAUGUUGAUUCUAAAGUUUGUUGCGGCAACUCGUGAGGAUCAAGGGUUUGUUGCGGCAGUUGGGGAGCUGAUCCAGUUUGUUUCAACUGCUGAAAGUGACCGGAAAUCUACUUCUGGCACCGGGAUCGAGGCUGCAGCCAAAUCAGAGAGACCCUUCGUGCCCGCCUUCAAAUCCCGCCAUGCGCCGCCCUCGUGAACCUUGCCCUCCAUGGUCGGACGGCCUCCCACCUGAGCUUCUCGACAUCAUCCUCCGCUAUCUCACCUGCCUCGCUGACCGUGUCUACUUUGCUGCUGUCUGCCGUGCGUGGCGCUCUGCGGCGCAGGUCCAUAAAGGCACACCAUGCCAGGUCCCAUGUCUCCUUCUCCCGUCCCCUGUUGCACCCUCCUUUUUAAGCCUCCAAUCUGGGGCCACCCGCCGCCUAUACCUCCCGGAGGGCGUCCGUGCCGCGCGCCUAUGCGGCUCCCAUGAGGACGGCUGGGUCGCCCUCGCCUUGGACCAGUGGCGAGGGUAUGCAGCGUUGAACCUCCGCUCUGGUGCCAUGGUUCCUCUCCCUGACAGGCUCAGGAUCCCCAGCGAGCACGGCUGGAUUGACACCACAUGUGAGCACCCUAUGGUCAUCCGUACUGUCACCUUUUCGGGCACGCCAUCGACGGAUGGCAGCCUUGCCGCCGCGCACGUCUCCAGCGCUUCCAACAUAGCAUUCUGGCGGACAGGGAUGGACCGAUACUGGAUUGCAUGCAGGCGCAAUGUGGAUGUGAUCGAGGACAUCAUCUAUUACAAGGAAGGUUUCUAUGUCCUCUCCAACACAGAGGAUAUCGUGGUGUACACUCCUAACAUCGUCGACGGCGACGACCCUCUGGUGAUGUCCAGUACCUCCUACCUGGUGCAGAAGCGUGCUGACUACAAGCCCGAUAGUCGCCUGCCCAAGGGUGUCAGCAUGUCCCGCUAUCUGGUGGAGUCCCGCGGAAAACUGCUAAUGAUCCUGCGGCACUUCAAGCACAAGCAGCGUCGCGAGUUCAGGAUCUUUGAGAUGAACCUUGCUGUAGGCGGUGGGGGCUCUGAAGCUUCCUGGGUGGAGCUCCAUGCGCUUCCUGGUCGGAUGCUCUUACUUGGCCGAGGCUGCUCCAGGGCCUUCGAGGUGUCUCAGUUCGACACGCUCCCAGUGGGUAACAUUUAUUACCUGAACGAUACAAGCUUCAACCUAUCCUUGGCAUCGAGCAACGGGAGUUGGUAUCCCAGAACUAACAUGAGCGUGUACGACUUUCACAAACCACGCAACAAGACGAGACGCUAUCCGCGUAAAUUUACUUCAGAGUGUUCUGUUCCAAUCUGGUUUAUACCCUGAACCAAUAUACAGUUUUGGGGCGAUCUGGCAAGUAUGGCUAGCUAGUACCCUGCAUUGUUUUGCACUGUAAAGAAGAAAGUAGAUUCGUGUGAACAAAUUUAUGGCAUGCUGGAAACAUCAAUUGGUUAUGGUUUGUGUCAACUGAACAUUGUUA